AAUUUCUCGUUUUGUCCUCUCUCCUCUCUCGGUCUCUCGUUCCUCUCCUCUUUCAGAGCCUCUCCGCUCUCGCUCUCUCCUGCCUUUCCUCUCUCGCUGCCUCUCCCCUCUCGCUCUCUCCUUCCUCUCCUCUCUCGCCAGAGCCUCUCCUCUCUCGGUCUCUCCUUCCUCUCCUCUUUCAGAGCCUCUCCUCUCUCGCUCUCUCGUUCCUCUCCCCUCUCGCUCUCUCGUUCCUCUCCUCUCUCGCUGCCUGUCCUUUCUCGCUCUCUCGUUCCUCUCCUAUUUCCCCAACAUCUUCAGGCACCAUCUUGAACAGGAAAUUUGGGUUUAUCCCUCUUGGCUGCUCCUUUACACAGGCAAAUCAGCUAGAAAGCGACAUAGCAAGGACUGGAAUACAUUGUGAAUUGGAUCUUGAAAACCACCGGUGAAUAGUCAAGCCUAUAUCACCUAAUCAGAGCAAAUAUUUUAGCUGAAGGAUGACUACCUUAGAUGUAAGUAGAGCAGAACUUGCUCUCCUAGUUGCAUAUCUGAACAAAGCUGAAGCAAGGGAUAAGAUAUGUCGUGCUAUACAAUAUGGAUCAAAAUUUGUAAGCAAUGGUGAACCAGGAACUGCUCAAAAUGUUGACAAGUCAACUAGCUUGGCACGUAAGGUGUUUCGACUCUUUAAGUUUGUCAAUGAUCUGCAUGCUCUUAUUAGCCCAUCACCUCGAGGAACUCCCCUUUCACUAAUUUUACUUGGGAAGUCCAAAAAUGCGUUGCUGUCAACCUUCUUGCUUCUAGACCAAGUUGUCUGGCUGGGAAGAACAGGCAUCUACAAGAACAAAGAAAGGGCAGAGUUGAUCGGGAGGAUUUCCCUCUUUUGUUGGUUGGGUUCCAAUAUCUGUAGUACGAUAAUUGAGCUUGCAGAACUUGGGAGGUUAUCGGCUUCCAUGAAAAAGUUGGAGAAAACUCUCAAAGAAAAUGAUAAGAGUAAAAAUGAGCAAUACCUUGAGAAGGCCAAAAAAUCAAAGGAGAGGUCUUUAGCUCUGGUGAAAGCUUCUAUUGAUAUAGUAGUUGCAGUUGGUCUGCUUCAGCUAGCACCAGGGAAAGUCACUCCUCGGGUAACUGGAGGCUUUGGAUUCGUCAGUUCCCUCAUCUCGUGCUACCAGUUGCUUCCCUCGCGAGAAAAGGGCAAGCCAUCGUGAAGGUGGAAGGUGAUGUUUUGCAUGGAGCGUUCACGAUUUCCAAGGGAUGUGGAUGGAAUCUCCAGGGUCAUGUAGAUUAAGAUGCAUGGACCGCAUGGCUUUGUGAACUCAGCUGCAUAAAUGCCUCUGUCUUGACCGUUAGCGUAUAAAAAGAUUGAGAUUGCUCCUCUAUGUUAGUUUUAAACUGUAUGGUCAAAAUGAGCUGAUUUAAACAUAAAUAGAGGAAACUUGAGAUACCCUUUGAUA